AUUCCACAUAAUUUUUUAUCUCCGCUCUCAAUGUCUCGCGCGCUCUGUUGGUUUUUGUUCCUCCUUUCUUUGCUUACUCUCCCCGCUCAAAUGCAAGCAGGAACCGUUUUCUCUAUAUUGGUUGCCCAUUGAGGCUUCUAAGGUACCAUGGCUUCCCUGCACUUCGCGCGCUUGCCUUUCAAUAUCAACUUCAGGCGUGGAAAGACGCCGGGAUUACCGCGGUGCACCAGCGUCAAGGAGCCUUUAAGAAACCCUCUCCCCAAUUUCAGGGACAAGAAUCAGUUUCCAGGGAAGUUAGAAGCAGAUGUUGUUGUAAUUGGAAGCGGUAUUGGUGGGCUAUGCUGUGCUGGACUUCUAGCGAAAUACAAUCAAGAUGUCAUUGUGUUAGAAAGUCAUGAUGUACCUGGUGGUGCUGCACAUUCAUUUGAAAUUAAGGGUUACAAGUUUGACUCAGGUCCAUCUUUGUUCUCAGGAUUUCAGUCAAGAGGCCCGCAAGCAAAUCCUCUAGCACAGGUUCUUGAUGCUUUGGGCGAGAAUGUUCCUUGUGCAUCUUAUAACUCAUGGAUGGUAUACAUACCUGAGGGCGAGUUCUUAUCAAGAAUAGGUCCAUCAGAGUUUUAUAAGGAUUUGGAUACGUACGUGGGUCCUGAAGCGGUUCAGGAAUGGAAAAAACUUCUUGAUGCGAUUCUUCCUAUGUCUGCAGCCGCAAUGGCUUUGCCCCCAAUUUCUCUACGAGGCGAUUGGGGUGUUCUCUCCACGGCUGCAGUUAGAUAUGCUCCCUCUUUGGUGAAGUCUUUAAUUCGUAUGGGGCCUCAAGGAGCUCUACGAGCUUCUAAGCUUUUGAGACCCUUUUCUGAAAUCAUUGACUCACUCGACAUUAAAAACUCCUUUAUCCGGAACUGGGUGGAUUUGCUAAGCUUUCUACUUGCAGGGGUGAAAUCUGAUGGCGUACUGUCAGCUGAAAUGGUUUACAUGUUUGCAGAAUGGUACAAAAAGGGAUGCUUGCUCGAGUACCCUAUACAUGGAACUGGAUCAGUUGUAGGUGUCCUCGUUCAGGGAAUUCAGAAAUUUGGUGGAAGGCUUGCACUUAAUGCUCACGUUAAAAGAAUUUUGGUUAAAAAUGGUAGAGCUACCGGUGUAGAGCUAAGCAGUGGUAGUAUUGUAAAGGCCAAAAAGGCCGUAGUCAGCAAUGCUUCGAUGUUAGAUACUUUGAACCUUUUGCCACCGGAUGCCAUACCAACUUCUUAUACUGAAAAGAUAAAGGCAACCCCUCAGUGUGAAUCAUUUAUGCAUCUCCAUUUGGGUUUUGAUGCACAGAUUGUUCCUGAGAAUCUGGGAAUUCAUCACAUUGUUGUAAAUGAUUGGAGCCGAGGUGUUGACGCUGAACAGAAUGUGGUGUUGAUUUCAAUUCCUAGCGUACUUGGAAAAGAGCUAGCACCCUCUGGGAAGCAUGUUCUGCAUGCUUAUACUCCAGGGACUGAGCCUUACAGCUUGUGGGAAGGUCUGGACCGCCGUAGUGCUGAGUAUAAAAGGCUCAAAGCCGAGCGAUCAGAGGUAAUGUGGAAGGCUGUUGAGCGUGUUUUGGGGUCUGGUUUCAUCCGUGAGAAAUGUGAGGUGGCAUUGGUGGGAACACCAUUGACGCACAAAAGGUUCCUCAGAAGGCACAGAGGAACCUAUGGACCUGCUAUAAAAGCUGGAGAAGGUACUUUCCCCGGUCAUUCGACACCCUUACCUCAGCUCUUUUGCUGUGGCGAUUCUACUUUCCCAGGAAUUGGAGUUCCUGCAGUUGCAGCCAGUGGUGCCAUAGUGGCCAACACUUUGGUUCCUGUCUCAAAGCAUUAUGAGCUCCUCAAUGAGCUUGGAAUUUGAUCACAAUAAGUUCUUCUUGUUGUAGAUGGAUAUUUUUCUGAGAUUGUUGUAGUUUUUUAUAAAUUUGAUUAUAAAAUUAUCAUAGUAAAAAUAAUUUUUUUUUAAA